AUGGAAGCUGGUGACCAGGUUACUAUUACUAUUCUAGAUUGGCCAAAUCAUGUUACAAAGGAGUGUGGGGUGAGUUUUGUGUAUGAUGAUGGAGAUGAAGAAGAUGUGUUGGGCUAUUACAAGUCAUGGAAUCACAUCAUUGGUGGAGAUCUCACAGGAUUUCAAACAACAACAGGAGAAUACACCCUAGAGAAAUGGCGUAUUUUGUUGCCUUUCCAUGCAUCUUUUACUAGACAAUUUGGAUCCCACAUCUGCUAUACAAUACAGGUACAUAUCAUUCAAACAAUGAUGUUUGUGGUGGAUUUAUAG